AUGUUCCGGGCGCUGCUGCUGCUGCUGCUCGCGCAGGAUGCGCUCUCGCUGCAGAUCGCCGUCCGCCCGCUCGCUCCGGCGACGCUCUCGCGCUCGCCGGCUGUGCACGCGCAGUUCGGUGGCGGCGAGAAGCCAAAGGGGCUCUCGAGAGACAGUGAGCCGGAGGAGUUCUUCAAGACCAACAUGGACGCGAUGUCGGACGAGGAGAAGCUGAAGUCUCCAGUGGUUUGGAUCGGUCUCUCCAUUCUCGUGCUCCCCUUCAUCGCGGGGGUGAUCGCGCUUGAGUUCUCAAAGUAA